AUGCCCGGUGCGGGCCUCCAGCUCUUUGCGAACACCUACGCUCCGCGCUUGCUGGAGCGGCCCCGCUCGCCAGUGCCAUGCGGCUGGGCGGGAGGAGGCGAACCCCCCACCCUGAAACGGCUGCGGCGCCGCUGCUCCUUGCGCCUCGGUGUUUGCCCACCCCCCGACCCCACCGUGUGCUGCUGCGGCCUGGGAGCGCGGGGAGUUGUUCCCUCCCUUCCUUGGGCUUUAAGAGCAGCUAGGAAAGCCCGGGAGCUGGGAAGCCACCAAAAAUACAGAGCUAUUCUGAAGAAAGAAAAGCGAAAAAAAAAGCGGCAGGCACUUGCCAAACUAAGAGACUCAGAAGCUACAGAAAAAGAUGAAUCUGUGUCUGAGGAGGAAGAGGAGGAACUGGAAGAAGAGGAGGAAGAAGAAGAAGAAGAAAAAAAACUUGAGGCAGAAAGACAAAAACUACAUGAGCAGUGGUUGCUGAGAGAAGAAAAGGCGCAAGAAGAGUUCAAGCUUAAGAAAGAAAAAGAGGAGGCUGCAAGAAAACGUCAAGAAGAGGAAGAGGUGAUGUAUAAACUGAGUGUUACAGUUGUGUCUGGCAAUGAGGUAGACUUAGUGUAAUACCUUUUACUGUUCUGUAGUGGACCCAGUUUUCCUGAUGUUGGUGCAUUUGAAAGUAGGAAGAUCAAAGAAGAAUGGGAAGAGCAGCAAAGAAAAGAGAGAGAAGUGGCACAGCAGAAGCAACAGGAGAAGAAAGAGAGAGAGGCAGCUGUGCAGAGGAUGCUGGAUCAAGCUGAAAGCCAGCUGGAGAAUGGUGUGACCUGGCAUAACCCAGAGCCCCCAGAGAAUAUAGGAACAGAGAAGGACAGAGCGAAUUGCCCAUUCUAUAUUAAAACGGGUUCUUGCCGAUUUGGAGACAGGUGUUCUCGCAAGCAUAAUUAUCCAACAUCUAGUAAGACGCUACUCGUCCGAGGGAUGUUCAUUACUUUUGGCAUGGAGCAGUGCCGGAGAGAUGACUAUGACACGGACGCGAGUCUCGAGUACAGCGAUGAGGAGACCUACCAGCAGUUCCUGGAGUUCUACGAGGACGUGCUCCCUGAGUUUCAGAACGUGGGGAAGGUUGUUCAAUUCAAGGUCAGUUGCAACUACGAGCCUCACCUGCGAGGAAACGUCUAUGUCCAGUAUCAGUCGGAGAAGGACUGUCAGGCAGCUCUUGCUCUAUUCAGUGGACGAUGGUAUGCCGGCCGACAGCUUCAUUGUGAAUUCUGUCCUGUGACGAGGUGGAAAACUGCUAUAUGCGGCUUAUUUGAAAGGCAGAAGUGUCCAAGAGGGAAACACUGCAACUUCCUUCAUGUAUUCAAAAAUCCAAACAAUGAGUUUUGGGAGGCCAAUAGAGACAUACGUGUUUCUCCCGAACGGACUAAUCAGUUGUCUAAAAACUCUGAAAGGAGAAACAGAACGAGCCAUCGUGAUGACUAUUACAGCCGGUCAAGGAGAAGGGGCAGCCCAAGCUCAGAUCAUUCUUACCGGAGAAACGGAGAAUCUGAGAGAAAAAAGAAUCGCCGCAAAAACAAGAGAAGGCGUCGAUCUGGAAGGUCAAGAAGUCGAGAAAGGAGGAGGUCACGCAGCAGGGGGAGAAAGAGGAGAGGCCGCAGUCGCAGCAGAAGUCAUAGUCGAACACGCAGUAGGAGCAGAAGUCGGAGUUCCUCUCGAUCCAGGAGCAGGGGUAAAAAGAGAUCAAGCAGCAGAGGAAAAAAUAGUGAAACUCCCAAAACAAAGUGAGAAUUACUUUUAGAAAUUGCUAACUGAUCAACCAUAGAGCUGACAAAGAAAUCUUUCCCAUAGGGCACCAGAUAUAUUUGACAAAUAAAGUGUUCUUGCACAUUAAAAUGUUUCUUCCUAAUAAAGGAACCUAGUUUAUUGUGUGCUAAGCUUCAGAAAAUUAAAAGUUUAAGUCCUUAAUAAGGUGUGAAUGUCAAGUACUCUAGCUACUCUGUC